UCACUGUUCACUCAACCCAGUGAUAGAGGCAUGUGGACUGUGAACUCUGAUGGACGCUUGGGGAACCAGAUGGGACAAUAUGCCACCCUCUAUGCCUUAGCUAAGCUCAACAGCCACCCAGCUUACAUCCCUCCAGCCAUGCACCGGUUCCUAGCACCACUUUUCCGGAUCACGUUGCCCGUCAUUCCUACUGUGGUGGCUGAUAAGAUCCACUGGAGAAACUUCCCUUUGCAUAAUUGGAUGUCAGAGGAGUAUUGUCACAUCGAGGGCAAGUAUGUUCAGCUGACAGGCUACCCUUAUUCUUUUACCUUUUAUGACCACAUCCGCCAAGAGAUACUUCGGGAGUUCUCUUUCCAUGACCACGUCAAAGCAGAGAGCAACCGAUACCUUCUGGGCUUGAAGGGACAGCGCACAAAUGUGACCUACGUUGGAGUGCAUGUCCGGAGGGGGGAUUAUGUCUAUAUAAUGCCCCAAAACAAUAAAGGUGUAGUGGCCGACAGAGGCUACCUGGAAAAAGCUAUGAGCUACUUCAGAAAGAAGUACCACAAUUCCAUAUUUGUGGUGGCCAGCAAUGAUAUGGAGUGGUGCAGGCAAAACAUUGAUGCAUCCAGAAGAGAUGUUCACUUUGCUGGUGACGGGAAGGAAUCAUCUCCAGAGAGGGAUUUUGCUCUCAUUGCACACUGCAAUCAUACAAUAAUGACCAUUGGGUCUUUUGGGUUGUGGGCCAGUCACCUAGCUGGUGGGGAAACCGUCUACUUGGCCAACUUCACCCUCCCAGAGUCCCCCUUCCUCAAGCGCAACAAGCCCUCACAAAUCUACUUGCCCAGCUGGAUUGGGAUCCCAGCUGACCUGUCCCCUCUGCUGCACUAGGCACCCACCAA